AGUUCAUAAACACAUGUCUGAAAAUCCUAAGGAAAAAGAGUCGAAUAAUACGAAAGAAAACGAUAAGAGCGUAGCUGGCUGUGAAAAAGACGAAAAUAAAGAUGGAGGGUUAGAUAAGAUGAAUAAAUUGAAAAAGAAGAUAUCUGCGUUGGAAGAGCAGAAUAAAUUACUUCAAUAUCUGAAUAUUUCCCUUCAAAAGGACGUUAUUGAAUUGCACAAAGAUUUGAAAAAGAAAUUGAUUUCCGAAUUAACAAUUGAACGAUAUCCAGAGAAUCUAAUGGUUGGACAGAUUAUUGGUGAUGAGGUGCACCUUGGGCAAAAUAUAUUUCUCAAAAAAGAAAUAUAUAAUUCGUGCCUCGUUUCAGCAAAAUCUGGAGCUCAGUUCGUGAAAAAUAUUGCUGUUUCAAUUUUUGGAAUCGAAAUUUUGAAAAAUUCUUCAGUUACUGGGAAAAUGAGUAACAGAAUAAAAAAGAGUGAAGCAAGACCACCUUUAGACCCUAACAAAUUGAAGGCCAUAAAAGAAAUAUACGAACACUAUCUCACAAAAAAAGGAGAAAAUGCGGUCAGCAUAGAGCGUAACCUCAGUAAAAUUGGACUAUAUAUCUCCUCAAAGAUUUCCGAUUUGAAUCGUGUGACCAGGGUAAAGGCAGCUACUGAGAAGGAAAAUAGAGAUUUCGAAAGGAAAAAAGAUUCAAAUUCAGUUGGAGCAGAAAUUACAAAAGGAAAAAAUUCCGAACACGAAGAGAGUUUUGAUGAAGAUAAAAAUAACAUUUUUGAUGCAUAUGAUGGAUGUUUAGAUAGUGAAGAUGACAUAUAUGAGGAAAAUGAUUUAUGAUAAUCAUUCUAGCACAUUUGACUUCUGUGUUUUUACAUCGUGAUGAUAUUCUCGGAAUUGAACCAAAUAAAGUUACAAAUUCAA